CCUGGAUGGCUCAGAUGCUUCUGUGAGCUUCACUGGAGAAUGUAGCUACAGCUUUCCAGUCAAGCCAUAGGAAAGACACCAACAUGGGAGAAGCUCAAAAGGGCUUACUCUCUGUUAUAGAGAAACUGAAAGGAACCACAGAGCAGGAGGUCAGGAUAGUGCUUCUGGGUUUGGACAACGCCGGCAAAACCACACUGCUGAAGAGCCUCGCCUCCGAGGACGUCAACACAAUCACCCCGACACAGGGUUUCAACAUUAAGAGUGUUGCCUCUCAUGGCAUGAAACUCAACGUCUGGGACAUCGGAGGACAGAGGAAGAUCAGGCCCUUCUGGAAAAAGUACCUGGAAAAUACAGACCUAUUGAUUUAUGUUAUCGACAGUGCGGACAAGAAGCGGUUUGAGGAGACGGGACUGGAGCUGUCUGAGCUGAUUGACGAGGAGAACCUAAAGGGCGUCCCGGUGCUCAUCUUUGCCAACAAGCAGGACCUGGCCACAGCAUCGCCGGCCAGUGAGAUUGCCGAGGGACUCAACCUGCACACGUACAGGGACCGUGAGUGGCAGAUCCAGGCCUGCUCGGCAGUGUCUGGGGAGGGAGUCCAGGAUGGCAUGAACUGGAUAUGCAACAACAUUGUUAACAAGAAGAAAUGAACCAGCAUCCAGAGCAACGCUGACUGGAGUCAGACGGAGAAAAGGAGGAAAAUAAAUCAAGCCCGCAGACCUUGCCGACGGCCGAGCCAGCUCCCCUCAGAUUUCCACCAUGAAUUUUGUUUUUACACUUGAUGUCAUUUUUAUGAAUGUUUUCCAAAUGUAGCUAAUAUAUCCACGAAGACAAGAAAAACUUAGCUACAAGAAGUGAACUAAGCACUUAUUAAUACUAUUUCCGUCCUAAAAAUGCAUGUUUUGGGUUCCGUUUUCCUUACAGUCCCUGUCUGGUGAAUCUGUGUGCUUCUCUUAAACACUGAGGAAACUGAGCUGAGUGUGUAGCCCUGUAGAUCUGUGGAGACUCGUCACUGUCGUAGAUACCAGGUUCAGAGUGUGAAGUGUGUGUUUUGAGAUUUUGGACAAUAAAAUAAUUAGUGAUUUCUG